UGGAAGCCCUUCCCAAAGAAAAAUCUCGAUCGUGCCGUUUUGGAGACGAAAGCGCGUUGUCGUGUGUCACAUGUGAGAAGGUGAAAAUUAUCGAAAUUUUCUACGAAAAUGGCUAUGCACGUACCGAAAGCUCCCGGAGUAGCGCAAAUGCUCAAGGAUGGGGCUCGCUACUAUUCAGGCCUUGAAGAAGCUGUCUAUAGGAACAUAACGGCCUGCAAGCAAUUAGCAGACACUGUGAGGAGUGCAUAUGGACCUAAUGGUAUGAAUAAGAUGGUCAUCAAUCAUAUUGAGAAACUUUUUGUAACCAACGAUGCAGCAACGAUUAUCAGCGAGCUGGAAGUAGAACAUCCAGCUGCGCAGUUACUAGUUCUAGCAUCAAAGAUGCAGGAAGCAGAAGUAGGAGAUGGGACAAACUUUGCUAUUAUUUUUGCUGGAGCACUGCUUCAUAAUGCAGAAGAGCUACUUCGUUUGGGGAUUACAACUUCUGAGAUAGUCGAAGGCUAUGAGAAUGCUUUGGAGAAAGCUCUGGAAAUUUUACAGACAUUAGUUGUACAAGAGGUGACAGACGUACGCAACGAGGAACAAGUAAAGAAAGGAAUCAGGACUACUAUCAUGAGCAAGCAGUACGGGAAUGAGGAUCUCCUUUCGUCUCUUGUCAGUCAGGCCUGUAUCUCCAUUUUACCUGAAAAAACAACUUUCAACGUGGAUAACGUGCGAGUUUGCAAGAUACUCGGCGGUGGCCUGAACAACUCCCAAGUGGUACAAGGCAUGGUGUUCAAACGCCAGGUCGAGGGAGACGUUACGACAAAGACCAAUGCCAAGAUCGUGAUUUACACCGGUGCCGUGGAUAUUACGCAGACCGAGACCAAAGGCACCGUGCUAAUAAAAACUGCGGACGAGUUGAUGAAGUUCUCGCGCGGCGAAGAAUCGUUGCUGGAGAACCAGAUCAAGGCAAUCGCUGAGAGCGGCGCGUCGGUGAUAGUGGCCGGCGGAAAGUUCGGCGACAUGGCUCUACAUUACAUGAACAAAUACAAUCUGAUGGCUGUUCGCGUACCAAGCAAGUUUGACCUCAGACGACUGUGCAAAACCGUCGGCGCCACCGCGCUUUCGAAACUGGUACCUCCGUCAUCAGAAGAAUUAGGAUACGCCGAUACGGUAUACAUAGACGAAUUAGGGGAUACUAUAGUUGUAAUAUUCAAACUGGAUGGGAAAGAGAGCCGUAUCAGCACGGUGCUUGUGCGUGGUUCCACCGAGAAUUACAUGGACGAUAUCGAACGCGCGAUCGACGAUGGCAUCAACACAUUCAAAGGCAUCACGAGAGACGGCAGAUUUGUUCCGGGUGCGGGCGCCACAGAGAUCGAGUUGGCCGCACAAUUAGCAUCCUACGCGGACACGUUGCCCGGUCUGCAGCAAUACGCUGCCCGCAAAUUCGCCACUGCCUUGGAGAUAUUCCCUAAAACACUGGCCGAGAGCAGUGGCACCCACACGUCAGAACUUCUGUCUAAGUUAUACGCAGCGCACAAAGAGGGAAAGAAGAACUAUGGUUUUAACAUUGAUGGCGAUACAGCGGCCUUAAUCGAUACUGUCGAAGCUGGAGUCUUGGAUUUGUAUUUAACGAAACAGUGGGCCAUGAAGUAUGCAGUAGGUGCGGCGUGCACGGUCCUUAAAGUGGAUCAAAUCAUCAUGGCAAAGCGAGCAGGUGGUCCGAAAGCUCCACCAGGAGGUGCUCGCGAGGAGGACGACUAAUGGAAUGCAAGACUACAGCAUGACUAUAAAUUUUCACCUUUAAUUUAUAAUAUUCACAGAAAUGUUUUUUUCGCAGAAAUAAACCUUGUAUCUUACAAAUAAA